AUGUCAAACUUGGAUAAUCAAUCAACAAAUUCUUUUGAUCCUGCAACAUACAAGAAGAGCUACAAUAAUACCAACACUAUUAAUGAAGAGCCAUCAAUCAAGCCAGAUAUGGUGUUGAAGAACUUUGCCAAGGACUAUGAUAUCCCCAAACCAGGCGGCUACCAAGGCUUUAUUGCUGGAUUAGGUUCUUGUUUUGGCCAGUGCGGAAUGUUUUGCUUCCUUUGCGAAAACCCAUACAAGGAAGUUGACCAAGGUGAAGUUGGUCUAGUGCAAACAUUUGGUAGAUUAUCACGCACAGUUGAACCUGGCUUGAGCUAUGUCAAUACUUGGUCAGAAAGACUAACCAGAGUCUCCAUCAAAAUCAACAUUCGAGAAAUUCCUGCACAAAAAUGCUUGACCAGAGAUAACGUUAGUGUUAUUGUUACCUCAGUCGUUUACUACAACAUUAUUGACCCCAUGAAGGCAAUUUUUUCCAUCCAAAACAUCCACGAUGCCAUUGUUGAAAGAACCCAAACAACAUUGAGAGACGUUAUUGGUGGACGAGUAUUACAAGAUGUUGUCGAAAAGAGAGAAGAAAUUGCCGAAUCAAUCGAACACAUUAUCGCCAAGACUGCAUUUGACUGGGGUGUCAAUAUCGAAUCUAUAUUGAUCAAGGACUUGACUUUGCCAGACAAGGUGCAAGCCUCAUUAUCAAUGGCAGCAGAAGCUAAAAGAAUCGGAGAAGGUAAGAUUAUCAAUGCCAAGGCCGAGGUUGAAAGUGCAAAAUUGAUGAGAAAGGCUGCUGAUAUCUUGGCUUCUAAGCCAGCUAUGCAAAUUAGAUACUUGGACGCAUUGCAAAACAUGGCCAAAUCACCAGGCACAAGAGUCAUAUUUAUGCCCUCUGCACAAGAAGUUGAAAGAAUGGCAACAUCAAACAUUGGUGACACCACAUUUAUCGAAAAGGGUAAAGGAAAACAACAGGACUUGGAAGAGGAUAGUGAAUGGGCAGCUUCGCCUGCUGAAAAUAGACACACAUUCACUCCACACCAAGUGCAACAAGUUGGCAUAAACAACAACAAACAUAUUGCAGAUACUGUUGCCUUGCAAGAAGCAUUGCGUGACAAGUAA